AUGGCAAACCGCACCGUCUACGAGCAGGCUACCACUGGUUUCACCGGCGCUACUUCACCCAUCACCCUUCCGAACAUCGCGAAUGAUUGGUCCUGGCAGAUUCCAUCCUACAUCAUCACGGCCAUCACCAAUUUAUGUCAGUUCCAUGGUCGUGAUGAUAAGGAUGCUCCCGCUCACAUAAAUCGUAUCACCCGCCUUUGCAGCACCGUCUCCAUUGAGGGUGUUAAUCUAGAUGCCAGGUACCUUCAGGUUCUCCCAUUCUCCCUCGCUGGCCGCGCAGCCGUCUGGUUCGAUUCUCAGCCAUCAGGAACUUUCACCACUUGGGCAGGUCUUUGUGAUGCCUUCUUAGUCAAGUACUUCCCACCAGCCAAGCAUGGUUUAUCUGAUUGGGCACUAGUUGAAAACUUCUACAAUGGUCUCACCCCUGAGAUCAAAGCUCGUUUCGAUACUUCAGUUGGAGGGCAGCUUAUGGGUAAAAAGACAAUUAAUGAGUGUAAUGAUUUGUUUGAGAGUUUCGCCCAUUCUGAUAUGGAUUACAGUACUACCAGCAGGACUUCCAUUCUUGUGCGUACCUCCUCUGCCACUCGAGGGAUAAACCAAGUUAGAUUGGAUCCAUCGGUAGUUGCUGCUUUUGAGAGUCUGAAACAAGAGUUGAAUGAGAUUAAGAAAAAAGUUGAUAGGUGUGAGGUUUGUAGAGGAGGCCACGAUACGAUAGAUUGUCCUACACUUACCCUUGAGCAUGUAGAGUUCAUAGCCAAUAGGGGUCCCACGAAUCCGUUCAAUAAUUCUAAUUAUAACUCCAACUGGCGCAGUGGUGGCAAUAAUAGUGGGUUUCACUCUUCUGGUAAUCCUCCUGGUUUUCCAUCUGGUCAGUAUCAAAGUAGGGGGGCCGGUCUUUACACUAGUAGUGGUUCAGGAAAUUUCGUUAAAACUCAAGAGCAACUUAAUAAAAGUCAAGAUCUUCAGUUAAAAAAUCAGCAAUCCACACUUUUAGACCUUCAAAGAAUAGUAGGCGGUAUAGCUAAACAGUUACAAGAGCAUCCACCUGGUCAGUUUUUAGGAAACACCUUCAUGAACCCAGCUAACCAUUCGGCGAAGGCUAUUACUACCCGUAGUGGAAAUAGUUUGGGGGAGGUCGUUCGAGAGAGUGAGGAGGUUGAAGAUUAUGAAUUCGACGAGGAGAUCGAGAUGGAGGCUCUCGGUAAGGUGCACAUGAGGCUAGACCCAGCAAGUACCGCACACACCGAGGAGUCUCUGGUAGAGAAGAAUGAGGAGAAGCAGCCGACGAGAAUUCGACCAUCACCUAUAGUUGAUCCUUCUCGUGUCCCAUAUCCCGCUCGCCUUAAGCAUCAGAAAUAUGCUAAGGAGUACGGGCAGUUUCUUGAAAUGUUUAAGCAGUUGAAGAUCAAUCUUCCGUUCAUCGAGGCUUUGCAGUCCAUGCCUAAGUAUGCUAAAUUUCUUAAAGAUCUUUUGAAGCGUAAGGAGAGAAUUGGUGAGCUUUCGAAUAUUCCUUUGACAGGAGGUUGUUCUGCGGUAGUCUUGAAUAAGCUGCCAGAGAAAUUAACCGACCCUGGUACAUUCACUAUUCCAUGCCUUUUUGGGGGAGCCAUUACCCCUGCUCAUGCUCUAGCCGAUUUAGGAGCCAGCAUCAAUCUGAUGCCAUUUUCGUUGUAUGAGAGGUUAGGUUUAGGAGAGCUUACACCCACGCAUAUGUCGUUGUCUUUGGCUGAUCGUUUAAUCAAGUAUCCUCGUGGGAUAGUUGAGAAUUUGUUGGUUAAAGUUGAUAAAUUCGUGUUUCCUGUGGAUUUCGUCGUUCUUGAUAUGGAGGCCGAUGAAAGAGUUCCUAUUAUUCUAGGCCGUCCAUUCCUUAGAACCGCAAAGGCGAUCAUCAACGUCUUUGGCGGUAAGAUUUCUCUUCGUGCGGGUGACGAGAUUGUCACAUUUGAGAUUGAUAGAGCGAUGCAGCAUCCUGGAGGUAGAGACGAAGACACCGGGCCGUGUCAUUCCAUUUACUUUCUAAAUUCUUUCAUAUCUUGUGUCGACACGUGUCUCGAGUACAUCAGUGGGGCUGAUUUAGUAGGCGAGGGAGUUGUUGACGAGCUUGAUGAAGAAGUUGAGGAGGAGCAGUUGGAUGAGAGUGAUGAGUUGUGGGUUCCUGAGAUGUUCAAACUAAACGAGAUUAGCAGUGAGAGUACUCCUGUAGAGAUUCACCACCUUUAG